AACAGCAGCUGUUUGUGUUAGGAGUGUGAAGAGUGACAGCACCGGUUCAGAGGCGACUGUACUAAAGUUCUCAUAAACAACCAGGAGCCGCUUGAGAUCCGCAUCCAGAUGGGUUCGCAGAGUUUUUACCUUGCAGAGGUUUUUUCUUACGAAAGUCUCGUGCACGCGGUGGCCGGAGCGAUGGGCAGUGUGGCAGCAAUGACUGUGUUUUUUCCCCUGGACACAGCGAGGCUUCGACUGCAAGUGGAUGAUAAACGGAAAGCCAGGUCCACUCCAGCUAUCCUGGCAGAGAUCAUUAAGGAGGAAGGCCUUUUAGCUCCCUAUAGAGGCUGGUUUCCAGUCAUUUGCAGUCUCUGCUGCUCCAACUUCGUCUACUUCUACUGCUUCCACAGUCUAAAGGCCACAUGGCUCCAGGGCCAGAGGUCAACCCCAGGGAAAGACCUAAUCAUCGGCAUUGCCGCAGGUGUCGUGAAUGUUCUUGUGACGACUCCGCUCUGGGUGGUCAACACGAGGCUCAAACUACAAGGGGCGAAGUUCAGGAACGAAGACAUAGAACCCACACACUAUCGUGGGAUUGUAGAUGCAUUAGUGCAGAUUGUGCAGAAUGAGGGAGUGGGUGCUUUGUGGAAUGGGACAUGUCCCUCUCUACUACUAGUGCUGAACCCUGGCAUCCAGUUCAUGAUCUACGAGGCUCUGAAGAGGCAGCUGAGAAGAGGAGUGCAUAGAGAGUUAUCAUCAUUGGAGGUGUUUGUUAUUGGAGCCAUAGCAAAAGCUGUAGCUACUACAGUAACAUAUCCACUACAGACAGUACAGUCCAUCCUACGGUUUGGUCAGCACAGGCAGCCAACAGAGCAAUCCAAACUACUAAGCAGCCUGAGGAGUGUUACUUACCUGAUCAUCAACAGAGUCAGGAGGUCGGGUAUACUGGGGCUGUUUAAAGGCCUGGAGGCUAAACUGCUCCAAACAGUCCUCACUGCUGCCCUCAUGUUCCUGCUGUACGAGAAGAUCGCUGCUGCCACCUUCAGGGUUAUGGGAGUUAAGCGGCCUUUGACCUCACGCUGAGCUCUAACACUGACCUCAUGAACAUUGCUUUAAUUCAGCAAGAUGAUGAAGAUGAAGAUAAAAAUGAAGAGGAUGAUGAUGACGAUGAUGAUGAUCUAGGCUGCGAUGGAAAUCCCUAUCUGUGUUCUAAGGCACUGUAGCUCUAUUCAGAUGGGAUUAGUUUUCCAUGGGGAGGUGGAAUAAUGUCAGUUGACCACAGGACAUCUGUAAUGUUUAUAACUGGUUCACAAGAGAUAAGAAAUCUCAGUGUAAAUGACAGAAAUAGCUACUUGAUUUAUGCACCACCUUUACUCCAGAAAAGAGGAGAAAACAUUUUAAAAAGCAACACAAAAAGCCUUUUAGUCCAGGUGGUCAUCGUGGUCGUCAUGACGUAAUCGUGGGCAGAUCAUUUUACGCAAACAUGCUACCCAAACAGUAUAACAUUAGCUAGGUUAGCUAGCAUUGAUUGUGUUCCUGUACAGUGAACCCCUUUUUUACAGUUGUAAUGUCAAAAUGUUAUUCUGGUGUACCCUGGCAAUCAAACACUGUGCUACAACAGCCAUAUUUUAGUUUCAGUGCACUGUCACAACAAACAGUGGGAACACAAUGUGGACUGAAGCUUUGAUUAAACUUGAACAGAGCUGAAAUGCUGUGUGUGUGGUGUAGCCCUGUUUACUUCUGCUGCAGCUGCUCACAUCAUGCAGUCUCUGUGUCUCUACAUAAUUCCAGCAAUUUCUGUAAUAUUUAUGUUUUAGAAAGAAAGUGGAACUAGUAUAUGUAGUUUGAAUGUGAUAGACUUUGUUUAAAUUUAGCUAACUUAAGUUGCGCUAGCUAAAGCUAACAAUGGCUAUUUCCCAGCUGACAUAAGCUUUCUGCAUCACAUUUACCAGCAGAGUUUGUACUCGUGUCUGUAAAAGCUAAUGCUACGUGCAGUUAAACAUCAACUAUGUAAUUUCUCCUACAUGUUGGUAAGAACAGCUACCACAAGGUGGACGUUAUCUGAAGUACUUAUUCAAAAAAUUGUAAUGAAACGAAAAGAAUCGUGCUCUGUGGCAGAUCGCUAACACAGCUAGCUAGCUAGCUAAUAUUUGCUUCUCAUAUGAAGCUGGCCUACCUUAAACUGCUAUGGUAGGCUAGCUAACUAGCACCUGUAGCCUGCUAGCCUAUCAUUAGCUACAAGAUAGCUCAAACAAAUUCUGUCCAAAUUCAUAUUAUGCUAAAUUCACAUUACACAGAGACUGCUCUAUGUUAGCCACUGGUACAAGCAGCUACUGAAAGCUCUUUUGUUUAGGAACAUAGCUUUGGUUAGCAUGACUUCUAGCUAGCAGUAAACAGGGCUUUACCAGACAUACAGCAUUUUAGCUCUGUUUAAGCAGAUAUAUAUAAUGUUAUCAUCUUCAACUUCAAGUUUGGUUUAAGUUAAAUCAGUCCUUCCAUUCACCUUUUAUUUUCACUAUUUAUCACAGUGCACAAAAACUAAAAUAUGGCGGUUGUAGCUCAGUGUUUGCUGUGGUGCGCUAACAAUUUGAUAUCCUUUCUACAGUAGUUAUAUGGAGCGGCUGCGCCCUUUGUUCACCCUGACGUCACGUCACCUGACUUAAACCUAAAACAGUAUACUGAGGCGUUUUCUAAGAUUUGCUGGCAAGCAGACAUUACUCUUUAAAAGAAAACACAACCAGCUACCAGAUUGUGUUUUUGCUACAUUUUUCAGUUAUUCAUUGGCAUUGCUCUUUAAAAACCUUUAAUUUAGCCAUUAAUUUGUUUAGAAUAACCACAUACCUUGCUGUCUUAAGUGAAUGCAGUGUGUCAUUAGCAUUGCCAUUACGUUGGGAAAUCAAAGCCAAAAGUCAGUUUCACCACUUAAAAUGAAACUUUUUAUGCUGUAAUUUGUACAUGUUCCAAGUACAUAUGAGCAAGACAGCAAUGUUACAUGUCAAAUACAAGUAAACGCUUCUUUGAGUGCCUCCAUACAGACAGCAUUGUCACUGACAUGUUGUUUUGUAUGGGAUUAAUAUAACCUGGUGUUUUUUCUGCAGCUCAUUUAAUGGAAGGCAAAAGGUGCUGGAAUCUUUACUGAUACAAAAGUACGCAGCUGGUAAAAAUGACAUGACGCAUUUGUAAGGGACUAAAAUCACUGAGACAUAAUCAAGUAAAAAUUACAUUACCCCACCUCCUUAUAAAAAUUAAUCCUGUCCAAAUGGGGCUUAUGAUGUACAUUAGUAAUUUUUCCCCUAAAUGCCUGAAUCCUCAAAUUAAAUCCUAACAUCCAUUUCAGUACCAGUUUUAACAUGUCUUCGCCACUUGGCCUCACCAUUUCCCCUCAGCGGAAACCCUAACGUCAUCUUAAAGGCAGUUCCAUUACUUUAUUAGCUCAAGAAAAUUGUAUUAGAAGGGUGAAGGAUUGAUUGAACAUUAAGUCGACUUAGUAGAACAGAAAUCAUUGCAAACCUGAAGAAAUUGGUGGACGAAGCUACUUAGAAGAUAGCAGUGAACUACUUUAAAAUGUUUUAAUAUAUUUCAAAAUUUGAUCAUUUAAUUUGCCCAGCUUUAGGUUACAAACUGUUCCGUCGUAUACAUUACUGCUGUGCAACUUUAUUACUUUACUCUGCUAGCUUGGUGGUUAGCAUGCUAAAGGCUAAAUGCCUAACAACAACAAAAAGAAAGGCAAUAGAACACAGUCCUACACCAAUGUUUAUAGCUUGACUUAGCAAUUAUUUGCAAAAUGUGAUGUACAUUAUGUUCAAACUUGUUUAAAAAAAGCUUGCAAAGUUUGCAUGGCUAGCUGAUUAGCUCACUGAGGUUGACCUCCUGAUGGGGGCUGCACCUGAAAAAUCUGUUCCUCACUGUCCCGGCCUUACUUUUUGUCACAAGUGGCCACCUUGUCACCACUGUAAUGUGUGAUGGAUAUCCCAGUUUUGAGUUGAAGUGAGUGAGGGUAUAUUUUAAAAGGGUUUCAAAACAGGGUUCUAUUUUGAGGGCACUAUUAUCUUCCGCAAUGAACUAAUUUCCAUUCAACACUGUGGAUCACUUCAUUAGCCUAAUACAUACCAAAACUAAGCCAUGGACAGAGGAACAGUACCUAACUCUCUCUCAACUGUUGAGAGAAACACUGUAAAACUAGCGGCUCUGUACAGUUCAAAACAAAAACCCUAACACUUUUGCUGACUGCUGCUCAUCGUAGAGAGAAAACAGAGAACUGUAGGUUACUGCAGUCAUGGACCAAGAAUUACACAUGUAGUGUAGUCAAGGUCUGUGGUUUAUUCUCGGUCCUCGUCGCCUGUAUCUUUCAAAGCCAUAUGUCUGUAUCAUGGGUGUCCGGUCUUCUCUGCAAAUGGCUUCAGGUUUUCAUACCAAACAAGCAGGAUAUGAUAGGGCACCUCUGGCCUUUGUUUACAGCUAAGGAUAAGAAAUUCCAGCCUUACUCAAGCAACUAAUGUUAGUCUGUUUAUACAACUCAUGAAUACUGAUGUCGAUGAUGAUGAGUAAGUGUAAAAUAAGAAGUUCAUGCCUAUAUAGCACAAUACUAACAAGAGUAGGGAUCCAUUUCUGUCACAAUCCUGGACUGUGCCUGUUUGUCUCUGACUUAAGUAAACAAAAAAUAAUGAUUUAUUCUUUUUUAUUUCUGCAAUGAUUGAUAGAUUAUUCUGUUUACAAAAACAUAUUCAGGGAAGAGAGGGAGUUGCAUAAAACUGUAGUACAGAACAUGCCGAGAAACAGCAGGUUUGUUUUAAUAAGUUUAGCACCACCUUCAUUAAUGAUACGUUUCAAGUGGUGUCCCAUGAACACAGCAGGACAACAGCAUGUUUAAUCAGCACACAGAUCUCGUUUGUUUACGCACUAUUGAUUAGCGUGACUGUGACUUGUCAGCUGUAACGUCAUUGACAUCAUUUUAGUUCCACACACUGAAGUGAAAAAUGAUACAGUUAAUGAAUGUGUUUCAUUUUCUUUGUUUAUUUGUAAUUUCACCUGCUUUCAAAAGGAAUCACUUGCAAUAUUAACACUUUGUUAUUUUAGAGACUUGUUAUUUUUAUAUAACUUGUACAAUGUGAAUCUAAAUAUUAAAAACUAUUUG